AUGGUCGCCGCCGCCGCCGCACUAAGCCGGUGCGCCGCUGCGCUCGGUGACCACACCACAACCGGACGCCUUCAAAAACUGAACGGUGACGAGAGCACGGCUGAAAGCAUGCGAAACGUGAGAGGUGCAGACUGCGAAAGACGGUGUUUGGAGUUUAACGGUGUGGCGGCGACGACAACGCGCGUUCGCUUGAGUGCUCGCGCAACCGCUCGCUUCGGAACCAUUCGCAACCACACGCGCGCGCCCGCUCGUCCGUCCGCUGCGCACGCACGCACGCACGCACGCACCCAGACCGGUUCGCCCCGAACGAGAUAG